CGAUGGCCCGGUUGCGCAAAACAAUGCGCAGUAGGCUCUGAGUGUAUGCAAAUGUUGUGUUGUGAACGCCAUCUUGGAGUUGUACCAUAGAGGAACUAUCGAGUGAUAUCGGAAUACCCCUGUGCCAUCGGAGGCACUUACACUCAAAUUUAAUGCCCUGUGAGCCUUAAGAUGGCCACAACAGACAGUAAGAUGUCUACGACAGAAAGGAUCAUCAAAAGUGUUCCUUUCCCUCCUAGUCAUAGAGUUUCCAUGAGUGAAGCAUUUGAUGCCAAAGGAAAGCCAAGGCCAGAUGUUUUGAAACAACACUUCAUCCUUGAAGGACGUGUCACAGAAGAUGUGGCAUUACGCAUUAUCAACGAAGGUGCUGCCCUCCUGCGCCAGGAAAAAACUAUGAUCGAUAUUGAAGCUCCUGUCACAGUUUGUGGCGACAUCCAUGGUCAGUUCUUUGAUCUAAUGAAGCUGUUUGAAGUAGGAGGUCCCCCUGCUUCUACACGCUAUCUCUUCCUAGGGGAUUAUGUAGACAGAGGCUAUUUUAGCAUAGAGUGUGUUCUUUACCUAUGGGCUUUAAAAAUUUUAUAUCCAACAACAUUCUUCCUGUUGCGUGGCAAUCACGAAUGUAGGCAUCUUACAGAGUAUUUCACAUUUAAACAAGAAUGUAAAAUCAAAUACACAGAGAGAGUUUAUGAUGCUUGUAUGGAAGCUUUUGACUGCUUGCCCCUCUCUGCUCUGAUGAACCAGCAAUUUCUUUGUGUUCACGGAGGACUGUCGCCAGAAAUUCACACAUUAGAUGAUAUCAGAAAGUUGGAUCGAUUCAAAGAGCCACCAGCAUUUGGUCCCAUGUGUGAUUUGUUAUGGUCAGAUCCUCUUGAGGAUUUUGGGAAUGAAAAGUCAUCAGAACAUUUCACGCACAACACUGUCAGAGGUUGCUCAUAUUUUUACAGCUAUGCAGCAUGUUGUGAUUUCUUGCAACAAAACAACUUGUUGUCCAUAAUUCGAGCACAUGAAGCACAAGAUGCAGGGUAUAGGAUGUACAGAAAAAGCCAGACGACAGGUUUCCCUUCAUUGAUAACAAUAUUUUCAGCACCAAACUAUCUAGAUGUAUACAACAACAAAGCUGCUAUCUUGAAGUAUGAAAACAAUGUGAUGAAUAUUCGACAGUUCAAUUGCUCUCCUCAUCCAUACUGGCUGCCCAAUUUCAUGGAUGUAUUUACGUGGUCAUUACCUUUUGUUGGAGAAAAGGUGACAGAGAUGCUUGUGAAUAUACUCAACAUUUGUUCUGACGAUGAACUGGUUUCGGAAGGCGAUGCAGACUCUAUGGAAGGUGACGGUGCAAACAAGAGCAAAUCUCAGGCAAAUUUUGACCUUAUUGCUGCAAGGAAGGAGGUCAUCCGAAACAAAAUCAGAGCAAUUGGGAAAAUGGCAAGAGUAUUUACUGUCUUGAGAGAAGAGAGUGAGAGUGUGCUUCAGCUGAAAGGACUAACUCCUAAUGGUCUGCUGCCACUUGGCGCUCUCUCUGGAGGAAAGGACACCCUCAGCAGUGCUCUGAGUGGAUUUUCUCCAAAUCACAAAAUCAGUGGCUUUGAAGAGGCGAAGUGCUUGGACAAGAUGAAUGAACGAAUGCCGCCAAGGAAAGAUGCUGUGAAUUCAAAUAACAAGGAACAUCAGAAGUCUUAACGCGGAUUUUUCUCCUUUUGUCCCUCCGCCCCAUUUCAACAAACAUAAUAAUUCUUCUGUUGUUCCUAAUUAUCAGCAGUUUGGUUCUAGUAGGAGGAGCUACCCCUUGAACACACAAUUUCCCACGUUUCCUCUUUGUAGUUUUUUUUUUUUUUUUAAUUUUAUUUUGAUAUAUGUACUGACACCUCCAGCAGCCCCACAAGCUGUUCAGCUCCUACCUAUGUGCUAUGUGGAUGGAGUUUACACUGGCGCCUGCUACUUUGUGUCGUGUCUGGAUAUUGAGAGGUCACUGCGGCAGAUGAGUGGGGAUUUUAGCAGACCUUGCUUACUGCCAACUUUUUUUCUUCAGCAAACAUUUUGUUUGUACCAAUGCGGCUGCCCUUCCCGUGACCUUGUUUGCAAAUUCCAAGCUAUUGACUUCGUGCCCUUUCAGGGAUGUGUACAGCAGAGAAAGAGCCAAAGGUCUUGGUGCACAGGAUGCACUGCAGUCACACAGGCUAAUAUGUGUUGUGCCGUCUUGUCCUUCCUUCUUCUGUCAUUUCAACAACUACCAUGUUCAUUGAUUACAGGCUAGCAGCCUUGCACAAUUUAGGGGAAGAAGGAUUGUACACAUAGGUAUUCGAAUUUGAAGUGGUGACAAAAGAAAGGGUUUUUCAGUUUAUAAAAUAUGGACUUGAAUGAAGCUUGUGGACUAAAAGAGGAAAUUUCCAUGACGGGUGAAGCUGGCUUUCCCCUCCUGGAUCCAUCCUGGUGUGUAGGGGCAACUGUUCUGUUUUUUAAGCUUUUGGCAAGAUGGGCCAUUUAGCUUAUUCAAAUAAGGGUGCUUGAUGGCCAAAGAGAUCUUCUUCUGUUUAGCAUAAUGUCAAGAGGGAAUGGAACAGACUUGUCAAUGGUUCUACCUCUCUCUUGUUCAGGCACUCGAUGGAAUCUUCAAAUAAGUUGACGCCUGGGGCUCACUGAUAGCAUUUGCUCUGUCGUUCUGGAGAGAAAGCAGAUUUACCUGUCUGGAGGCUUUUAGUUUUUGUUUUUUGUGUAUUAAAUGGUUUCAGAAAUCUAUGAUCUGCCUGUUCUACAACAUCGUAUUGAGAGGUUUCCAAUAUUUGCUCAUGUGUCUUGAGUGUUUGUUGUUGUUGUGUUUUUGUUUCCGUAUGAGUUGGGUUGUUUUUAUUCUGUUUUUUAUUGAAUGGGACAGAUAUCAUGCACUUGUAAUGACAUAACCCACCACGCUGCUGGUUAGCACUGCAAAUAUCCUCCUGUUCUCUGGAACGAUCUCACAGGAUUUCUUGUAUUUGCUUCUUUCCUUCCCCUUUCCGUCCCCACCCCUUCUAGUGUGUCAUACGGAAAUGAAAGGUUGAUGUUUCUCUGCUUUCUAGAGGUUUUGUUGCCAUUUUGGUAUUUAUUUGAAGGAGGGGCGGUUUUGUUGUUUUGGGGUUGGUUUUUUUCCCGCUCUCCCUCUUGAUCUGUAUGCUCUAGAGGGUUUUAUUGUCAUGUUUAUGCAGCUGGCUAUGAUACUGAAGUUAUUGGUGUGGUUGCUAUUGAAUAUGAGAAAUUUAAUUGCUCACAAUGAGAAUUUGAUGCUUUUAUAAAUGCAGGAAUAUUCAAGAUAGUGUUUGUACAAUACUGGUAUGGUGGAUCCAAAAACAAUUUGGGAGUUAUAGAAAUUUUCUCUGGAAACAAGGCUUCACACAACGAAAAUUUAGUUUUAGCGUUCGGUCAUUCAGAACAAGACAAUCGAAUGCAUAAUGAUGAAACGGGAGCUAAACUGUUAGAAUUUAGAAAUUGGUCCACAGAAAAUAAAGCUUCUAAUUUAGCUGAUCUAAACUUCGUUCUAGAUAGUAGAACCAAACAAGGAAACAAGUGUAAAGGCUAAAGCGUCGAGGCUAUGGAGAAAACUACUUGGAUGUAAGAAUAUAGUUGGGGGGGGGGGGUCCCCAGUGAAUAAUAAAUUGAACACACAAUUAGUGCAAAGUUAGGCUUUCCUAUUUUGGUAUUGAGGAAAAAAUCUACACAGCACAAAUGUAAUAUCCCAAGGUGUCCCCAAAUGGAUGCAAAAACCAGUGUUCUAAAAACUUUGAAACAUCUUUCAAAUUGAUAUUUCAAUCCAUUUAAAGGUAUUUUUUAUAUUAUUAUUUUUUUUAUUAGUCUUGCCUUUUCUUCUAUAGCUGUGUAGAUGCUGAGUAAUAUAAGUCAUAGAAUGCCAUGGGGAAGCCUGUCAUUGGCACAACAUGGCCUCGUCUUAACAGUCAUGUCCAGUAGCAGAGAAAAAAAGUCUAAAGAAAUAUGUUAUUCUUAUUGCCAAUGUGUCAUUUUUCAGUAAAAUGCAGUCUAUUUGAAUCUACCUUGGGCUGUAGUGUUGGAAAGAAUACUGCUUAUGGGGGGGGGGGGCCUGCAGCUGCCACGAAAACUUACUCUGAAAGUCUCUCUUCAACAAUAACGAUUUUAAAAUAUUUUUUGCUGCACAGGUCAUUGAUUGAAAGUCCACUUACUAGUUUGGUAUUAGUGCAGCUAUGCUACUCUCCUUUCUUUUCUUUUGUUUCCCUUUUUACCCCCCUCUCCUUCUGCAGUCUGCAUCUUUAAAUGCGCCACCACCCUGUUUUCAAGUAGCAUCGAAACAUCUAGUCAGUGUGAACUAUUUUAAGCCUUUAUUGUUUGUUGUAUGCUUCAAUAGCGGCCAGCUUUGUUUUUGUUUUGUCCUCUUUGUACAUAGUUACUACUUGUAUGAGUGUGAUGUGGGUCGGGGUGGGCAGGAGAGGAGGUCAAGAGACUGUGACUCUGAAUGCCAUGACAAGGUGCUGCACAUGCCCGGUGCAGUGCUUGUGCUUUUUUUUACAAUUGUUAUUAUAAUCCUCGUUUACUGUUUCUUUAUCUGUCACCUCCUCGGUUCUCUUUGUUUCUCUGGGUAUGUGAUCGGUGUCAAGAUGCAUUUUGAUUGUUGUCCACACAACAAUGUUCCAGCUGGGAAAGCUUCUUGGACUGAACAUUCAAGUUUUCGACUUUUCCCCCCUUCUCCCUCACCAGUCUAGUUCCUUAUCUCCACUCUUACUCGUUACAGAUCUAAUAUUGAUUGUGACUUUUUAAAAUAUCGUUAAUUUUUCCAAGUAUUAUUGUCAUUUUGAUGAAUGAAAUACUAUUGAGAUAAUCAGAUUUUUAAAUCUUCAUUACCCCUGAACUGUACAUGUACGAUGCUGUGAUUAGGUUCAACUCUUUUGCAAGGCUGUGUGGUCAUACCGAUUUGGGUACUGGGCAAAUAUUUGUUUAAAAGUGGGUGGGAGAGCGUUUUUAUACAGUUUGUGUAUGGUUGAAGUUAAGGACGGGGUGGGUUGGUUCAAUGUUGUGAGCAAAUGAGAUUUCUUUUUCACUCUUGUAUAAGGUAUUGCUUGAAAUUCAAUUUCAUGUAAUAUGGUAUCUUCUUGGAACAUAUAUAAAUAUUUAUUUAUGUAUGUAUCGUUGAUACUUAUUAUGAGAGACCAGAAAUUUUCUGCCAUUAUCAAGGCAAUCUCUUGUGAUAUUCUGUGGGUUACUCGGGAUAGUAUGGUUCUUUUUUUCCUCCCUCCUUGUAUAAGAUUAUGCACUCGUGUUGUAUUUUCUCACCCUAUUUGACUUGUAUGGUGUCUGUUACUGAUUCUCAUGGUAUUCACUCAUAAUUGUUCACACUAAUGCAUGGUUCAUGUUGCAAUCUUACAAAGAAUUGCCAAGGCAUAAUGUUUCACGGCUUCUUAAAAUGUGAUAUACCUCAUGUGCUGUUUACUUUGUUUUUGUCGUUUUGUUGGAUUUUUUUAUUUCUCAUUCUUUUCUACUUUUAUCUCAAUUCUGGGCUACUCAGUCGCCUUUCAAUCACCAAAUUUUAUUCAAGGGAAGGCUAUUCAGUUAAUAUUUGGUUUUCUAGUUUUUGCAUGGAACUUUCAAUGUUCCUUCCCUCAACCUUUAACAAAGAAAACUUGCAGUCUCCUUUGUUUGCAUUUCUCUAAUAUCAGUGUUUCAUGUAACUUUUUUUCCUUCUUAAUCUAAAAAAAAAAAACAACUGUUGUUGCAAUUAUAUUUGCUUCAUUAAAUUUUGACUCUAUAUUUUUACCACUUUACCACCACACCUAUCUUUUCUAUUGUAAUUUUCAUUGAAAAAUUUGAAUCAUUGCAGUAAUUUACGUGUUUGUUUUUGUUUGGGGGAUUUUUUGUAUUUUAAUUGUUCGUCAUACUUCCCAUCCUAUUUGUUCUUUGGGAUAGAGAAGAUUAAAUGUGAAUUCUUUCUCAGCAUGUAUCAUUGACAAUAUGUUCUGCUUCUAGGAUUCAGCAUUGGAAAUUUUCAGUUUCAACCUGACAGUCAUGCUUGUUGAUCAUUUGUGGCGCACAUGGCCAUUUACUAUUGAAUCAUUUUUGUUGGAUUGGUUUAUUUUUUGGGUCGUGUCAGAUUUUUACUAGUAAGAGUGUGUGUUUGAACCUUUUUGUUCCUUAGAGAUUUUUCAAGUCCUGUGAAUUAGAGACAAUGUAUUUUCCUCCGAAGUAUCAGUGGUUGGUUCUGUUGUGUGACGAAAUAGGUCAAUGGUAUGCCUGAUUCAUAUUGUUUCCCCCUUUUUUGUGUUUUGAAAUCAUACUAAAGGAAUGAUGUGAGCCCUGAAUUUUGUUCCCUUUUUCAAGAUAACCCUAGCUAGAGAUGUGCUAAUAAAAAAUUUUGUAACCCCUUUCCCAUCCUGAUUCAGGGACAGUUAUCGAUGACACCGUUGACUAGUGCCCACAUUGAGUGCAAUUCAUUUAAUACUACUGUGGUAUUUAUUUUCACUUCACAUAUUACAUUCCCUUAUUCCUAUUAAUUUGAAUGUGAGGUCUUUUAUUUAUUUUCUUGUACUCUGUGACCAUUGAAAGAAAAUGUGCUUUCCAUGGUGACUGUUACAAGUGUGUGUGUGUUUGUUUAUGUGAGUGUGUGUGUGUUUUUUUGCUUCAGGUUUAGACUUCUUAGGUGUACUGACAAUUGUUGAGCAAGUUGAGGUAGUGUGGGUUUUUAUGUUUUGUUUUUUUUUCCUAGUGUGGCAUUUUGUGUGUCUGAAGAUUUGGAUAGCUGAAAAGCCUUGCUUGAAACUGAGCAGCAAAUUGCUAAAUUAUUUACAUACAUAUUUAUCUUUAUAAGACUUUUUUGUGCAUGGGUCUUGGCUUAUCAAGUGAUACUGCACUCGUAGUAAUGUUUUUCAGAAGAGUGUUAUAGCAUGUGUGAUAAAAAAAAAAUGUUUGAUGAUAGUACAUUUAUCUUUUUUUUUUUAAUUGUACAUUUUUUUAAUAAUUGAGUUUUUAAAUGGUCAACAACAUACAAAAGGGUUUCCACUGGGAUUCAGUGAGAGCUUUAUUCAGUAGACUGACCCUCAACAAGACAGGGUCUUUGGUCCACUUUCAUUGCAUGUAGAUAAGGUGUGAAGAAAAAGGUGAUUGAACAUCUUCAGAUAUUUGUAACAGUUGGGUUGAUUCACCGCAGAGCAAUACUGAAAUUCUUUAAGAGGGGUGGGGGUAGCUGAAAAGAGUUCUAAGUGAGGCCAAUGAAUCGGUGAGUGCAUGUGGAACAAAUUCUGGUCCACCAUGAUCUGUAGGACUACUUGAGAUGGGGGGGGGGGGCAUCCCUUGCUGUCAUUUAGCACUUGAGUUGUUUCAGAACUGAAUGAUUUGUAGGAAGAAGAAAAAAAUCGAUACCCUCGGUUAUCUGUAAUCUUGUGUUAUGAACACUUGAGUUUUGUUUUGUUUUGGGUUUUUUCAUUAUUUGUGUAAGGUUUUUUUUAGGUCAAGCUUUACUCCUUACACUACUCUUUGGUGUAGAAAUUAGUCGUGAGCUUUUUGAUAUUUUUAAAAACUAUACUUUGCUGUUGCAUUUGUAAAGAAAGGGGUUUUUUUAUGCGCUUGGGGAAUUGGGCAGAAAACUACUAUUUCACUCCCAUAUUUAAAUUUCACAACUUAUUCUAGUAAAACGUCUUCAUAUUUUUUAACCUAAUAAGUUUUGUCAGUAAGGACGUAUGCAUACUUUUUGGUGAAAGCAUUUCAUGGCUUAAAUGAGUGAAGGUAAGGGAGAGGGAUGAUUGCAUGAGAAGAAUAUAUGGGUAUGAUUUUACAAGAGUUCUCAGUGUCUUUAAGUAUGAUGUCAACAUCAUUUAAGAGGAGACAGUAGAUCACUUUUUGAUAUUCCCUGCAAUUAUGUUGUAUCUUGGAAAGAUGCCUGGUGAAUUUGGUCUGUGAGCCAGAAAGGGUAUUUUAUUUUAGCUUUAUUAUUUAUAUGUGUUUAAAGCCAAACUGCUCUUGGAAGACUAGGUGAAUGAUUUUUGUCUCUGACCGAAGUGUCCAUUUUUUGUUGUCGUAGCUUUGGAAUGAGCGGUGGAACACCUUUUUAGCUCUCAAAGAUUACAAAAUAGGAAUUUUUCUUUCCAUCAUUUUUGUCUAGAUAUUCUGUGUAGUUGGUAGUGAAUAUGGGAUAUUAUAGAUUUUUUAAAUUUCUUUUUCUAAUGUGGAAUAUUAUUGUGCUAGUAUACUAUUUUUUAAAUCUUUGCCCUCACCCAAACUUUCAGUUUGUAGGAAAUGAGGGUCCUCAAGAAAAUAUCAGCACGCCAGCCGUUAGUAAUUUUUGAAAUGUUUGGAUAAUGUCCAAAGAUUAUAUUUCACCCAUUUUCUUUCCUGAAACUUGAAAGUGAUUGAGGUUUUCCAAUGUGCAAGACACUAACCUCUUUCUUGAAACAAAAUUUAGAUGGUGCUAGAAAGUUUUCCUUGUUGGUUUUUUUCCCCCUAUGGGUACAAUAUUUUUCUAUGAUAUUGUGAUCAACGCACUUAGGAACAUAAAUGUGAUCAAAUUAAUAGUAAACCUGGUCUAGUGGAAUAUCCCACAAAAUUGUCAAUAAACAUCUUUCCUAUGGGCAGAAGGUUUUGGAGUCAUUGAGAGUUAAAUUGCAGAACAAGUCCGUCUUUGCUAUUGAUGCACUAACCCAUUUGUGGUUUGUUUUUACCCUUUUUAAUUGUUUGAUGUGUGCAAGGUGUGACCCAGGGUUACCAUGCAACUAUCUAGCCUCUCUUCCCCCCCCCCCCCCCCCCCCCCAAGCUUGGAAGUUGGCCCUCUACCCCUUCACUGCCUUCCUUUGUACUUUCUCCAUUCUUUUGUGUUGGUGUGUAAGUGGAUGUCUUUAAAUUUCAUAACUAUCGAAUAUUCAAAUUUAAAAAAAAAUAUUAUAAAAGCACCUGCUUUAUGUACAGAUUUAUUGUAGUUGAUGCACCACCAUGUAAUAUUGGCCUUGUAUAGUUUAUUUUUUCAGGUUUAUUUUCCCCCUUCGCAUCUUUGUCCCACCCCCACCCCUUCCUUCCCUUCCUUUUUUUUUUUUAAAUUUCCAUGUUUAAAAGAAAAAAUAUUCAACCUUUUUCCAUCAUUUUGUCAAUUGUAAAACAUUGUUGUAUAUCAUGCAUGUAUCCAUAAUUGUAAAUUUUGUGUUUAAAAAUUUAUUAAAUCACGUUUCUUUUGCUUACUAA